CAGGCGCACUAGCCCUGGCGGUGCUUCCGUGUCUGCGCCGUGAGACAUUUUUGGCGCCGGCCCCAGCGUGAGCGGGGACGGCGGCCGGGAGGGCGAGGCCCGGGUUCCCGUUCCCCGCGAAGCCAUGCGGUACAACGAGAAGGAGCUGCAGGCGCUGUCCCGGCAGCCGGCCGAGAUGGCGGCCGAGCUGGGCAUGAGGGGCCCCAAAAAGGGCAGCGUGCUGAAGCGGCGUCUGGUGAAGCUGGUGGUGAAUUUUCUCUUCUACUUUCGGACAGACGAGGCCGAGCCCGUCGGAGCCCUGCUGCUGGAGCGCUGCAGAGUCAUCCGGGAAGAACCCGGCACCUUCUCCAUCAGCUUCAUCGAGGACCCUGAGAGGAAGUAUCACUUUGAGUGCAGCAGCGAGGAGCAGUGUCAAGAGUGGAUGGAGGCUCUGCGUCAGGCCAGCUACGAGUUCAUGCGGAGAAGCCUCAUCUUCUACAGGAAUGAAAUACGGAAGGUGACGGGCAAGGUGUGUGCAGGGCUGCAGAGGGCCGGGGUGGGGCUGCAGGUGGCCAGGGUGGGGCUGCAGGUGGCUGGGGUGGGGCUGCAGGUGGCAGAAGCAGUCCUCCGGCCCUGGCUCAUGGCCACCCGUCCACCCCACAGGACCCCCUGGAACAGUUCGGCAUAUCCGAGGAGGCCAGGUUCCAGCUGAGUGGCUUGCAGGCAUGAGCGCAGGGCAUGGCGGUCAGCGUGCAGCUGGACAGGACUGUCCUGCCCAGCCGUGAAUCGCUUGGCGAUGCCUGGAUUUGUUUUGUUUUGGUUUUUGGGUCAGGGUGUCACUGUGUUGCCCAGGCACAGUGGUGCCACAGCUCACUGUGACCUUGACCUUCUGGACUCAAGUGAUCCUCCUGCCUCAGCUUCCCAAGUAGUGGGGGUCACAGGCAUGAGCCGCCACACCCGGCCAUCACACCUGGAUUUUCAGUGGGAGGUUUUUGGUUUGGAGACAUCCAAAGCCUGAAGCCAGAUGGGUGUGGGCAGGGGCUGCAUUUUAUGAAACUGCCCAGCAAGCUGCCCUCCCUGAGGCCCCAGGAUCCACCUAACUGGCCUGGCACCUGGUGCCACAUGCUGCUGCCAGGAUAUGCGCCCUCCCACAGGUGCCCCGCCUGAGUUGUGUGCAUCCAGGACCUGGCGAGCCCCUGGGCUGGUGGCAUGGCUCCCCUGCCCCGUGCUGAAUGAAUGUACGGAGCCAGACAAAGCUGUGAAUGGCAUAGGGGCUGAGUCCCCCACCAGCUGUGAAUUCUGCAAACAGGAGGGCCCUGGCUGUCUGUGCACCUGGGGAAGUGGCUGCCCUGGGGCCGGGGUGCUUGUUCUGUUCAAAUAAAGGUACCUCUUCUCCACA